AUGAAUACGAACAAACAAGCAGACACCAUGGAGCAGGCCAAUCAGACAACACCACUCGCUUCAGAGCAACCUGCUGCUCCUCCACAGGCAUUCGAAGCACCCGAGAUGUACGGACUGCCUCUCUUAUUGGCAGCCAAUGCCAUUGACUACAUUCCAUUUGUCAAGCUGAAAGUAGCUUCUGACGCACUCUUGUUCAAAUUGAGAGAACGCAACGACAUUGAGGACCAUCCCAUCACAUUGCCCAUUCCAUUUGAAUACAUCUCAUCGCCAAAGGAUGCCAAGUUUGACCAAGAUAUACCUAAAUUGGAUGCGGAGCUCAAGAGUGUAUCGCCCUUUCUCUCUUUCUGGGAUUAUCAUGAAGCCUACACGCAGUUCAAGACGACACCAACCGAGGUAGCUCACAAGAUGCUAACGGCAUUGAAAAAGAGUAGAAGCAUGAAUUGGAUGCGGUUCUCCGUGCAAGACAUUGUCCAGCAAGCAGAGGCAUCUACAGAGCGAUACAAGCAGCAACAUCCACUCAGUCAAUUGGACGGUGUCUUUGUCUCUAUCAAGGAGGAGAUGGAUAUUCAGGGCUUGGAGACCAAAGUAGGUACGAACUUUAUCAAUAGUGGUCAACCAGCCGUGGAAGAUGCGACUCUGGUAGGCAAGCUGAGACAGGCAGGUGCCAUCAUUGUAGGAUCUACUGUUAUGAAUGAGCUGGGGUGGGAUACCUUCUCGGUGAAUCCGAAUACAGGUAUGCCCAAGAAUCCUUACGGUACCUUGCAUUCAUGCGGUGGCUCCAGUGGUGGGUGUGGUGGCUGUGUUGCUGGUGGUCUGUUCCCUGUCAGUAUUGGCGCUGACGGUGGAGGAUCUGUGAGAAUCCCAUCUACCUUUUGUGGUCUGUACGGCCUCAAGACAACGUAUGCUCGCGUAUCAGCAAAAGGCGGCGCUACCGUUGAUCCUAGCCUGGGGAGUUAUGGUCCUCUAGCUGCUACAGCAGAUGACAUGGCUUUGACUUAUGCUAUCAUUGCGGGCCCUGACACGAAGGAUCCUACCACGUUGUUGCAGCCACCAGUGUCACUCAAGGACUACGACCAAAUAUUCGAUCUUUCUGAUCUCACAAUUGCUGUCUAUCCUGAAUGGGCACGCGGUAUGGUAGAUUCUGCUAUUCUGGAGAAGCUUGAUUUCUUCCAGAAUUACUUACAGCAACUAGGAGCCCGCAUUGUUGAAAUUGAGAUUCCUGAUCUUGACCUUACGGCUACAGCUCAUACUAUCACCAUUUGCAGCGAGAUGCUCAAUUUUGCUUCUCGUCAUGAACUAAAUCAUCGCAACUUUCUACCUCACACGCGUUUGAUGGCAGGCACCGCCAGCGCUUUGGAGGGCAGAGAUUAUGUUCGUGCUCAACAAGUACGCGGACGCAUGAUGAACCAUUUGCGACGCAUUUUCGAGGACCAGAAGAUUGACCUUAUCCUGUGUCCUUCUACUGCUAUCACUGCGCCUGAGAUUCCCGAAAAGGCUCACUCUUAUGGCAUGUCUAACGCUAAAAUGACAGUUCGAUCCAUGACCUUUGCUAUGCUGGCCAACUUGACCGGCAUCCCUGCUGUGUCUGUGCCUGCUGGUUUCAACGAGGGGAUGCCUAUCGGAUUGCAGUUCAUGUCGCGUUGGUGGAAUGAGGCUCUGUUGUGUAGAAUAGCCAAAACCUGUGAGCGUGUACCUGGCAUUGAGCGUAGGCGCCCAGAGGGAGCAAAUUGGUUUGGAGAUGAUUUAUUACCAAAUUAA